CGCUUUAAGUCCGGGGUCGCUAGCGCAUGCGUGUCGCCUUUCUAGUUUUGUGAGUGAUAUCUCGCUCAGCAUCUCCGUGCUGGUGCAAACAUGUUGUGCCGACUGGGCGCUAGGUGCUUGCGGCCUCUCCCCAAGCUGCAGUCCCAGGCGCGGGGCCCGCUGCGUGCGGUGUCCCCAACACAUGACUCGAAAUGGAUUGCUUCACCGAUGUGGGCGGUGGCGGCCGUCUCUGGUGUUGAGCCGGGCGGCGCGGGCGGCUGGUAUGAGGCCUUGGCCGCGUCGGCUCCGGUCUGGGGCGCGGAGGAGGCGCUGCUGUGCGCGCACGCCGCCUCGGGCCUCCCCUGGUGGGGCAGCAUCGUCCUCACCACCGCGCUCCUGCGCGGGGCCGUCACGCUGCCCCUGGCCGCCUACCAGCACUACAUCCUCGCCAAGGUGGAAAAUUUGCAGCCAGAAAUAAAAAAUAUUGCUAGGAAUCUUAAUCAAGAAGUUACAGUUCGUGCAAAUCAGUUGGGAUGGUCCAAAAGAGUUGCAAGGCUCACUUAUCUAAAGAAUAUGAAGAGGCUUGUGUCAGAAUUAUAUGUUCGAGAUAACUGCCACCCUUUCAAAGCCACUGUGUUGGUCUGGAUUCAGCUUCCAAUGUGGAUCGUCAUGUCAGUUGCUCUCCGGAAUUUUAGCACAGGAACCGCCCAUUCAGAAGCAGGAUUUUCUGUUCAGGAGCAGUUAGCUACUGGUGGGAUCCUGUGGUUUUCUGACCUCACUGCACUGGAUUCCACUUGGAUUCUGCCUGUCUCUCUAGGGAUCACCAACUUAUUAAUUGUGGAGAUUUUUGCGCUGCAAAGAAUUGGAAUGUCUCCUUUUCAGACAUAUGUCACACACUUUAUUCGUGCGAUGUCCCUGUUGAUGAUUCCAAUUGCUGCAACAGUACCUUCUUCGAUUGUUCUCUACUGGUUAUGUUCCAGCGUCAUGGGCCUUUCACAGAACUUGCUGCUGCGUUCUCCUAGGUUUCGCCGACUUUGCCGAAUACCACUGACCAAGUCACACUCAGACACCCCUUAUACAGACCUCCUUACUGCCUUUUAUGCCAAAUUCACUUCAAGAAAAUGACAUUUUCUAGUCAUUUGAAAUAACUACAAAUGUCACUAGCACCUGUGUGUAUUUGGAACAUUUAGGUCUGAUUUAAUUGCCUUCAUUUAAAAACAUGAACUCACAGCUCUGGAGGUGGCGCAGUGGAAGACUUGAAAGCACUGAGGUCCUGAGUCUGAUCCCCAGCACUGCAUAUGCCAGUGGUGCUCGGGUUCUCUCUCUGUCUCUCUCCCUCAAAGGCAUAGGUAAAUAAAUCUUCUUUUUAUCAUAGACUAUGUGAAGUGCAAGAGUAAAGUCAUAACCCUAACAUACUGACAAUAUUUAAAUGCAUCAGAAUUUUAUUCUAAGAGUGUCUGUCAUGCUGACAUCUAGCAUUUCUAAACUCGGAAAUGUUGCCAUGUUUCUUCUAGAGAAAAUAACUACAUAAGAUAAGCUUCUUUCAAGCAUGAGUUAAAUGUGCCAGGACACAGUUUCACUGGUAAUGAAUCCAUAUUCUACUCUACUUAAAUGUCAGCAGGAAAAUGGCCAGAGGUGUCUAGGAAUCUUUACCUUGCACAUCCUCAAGGAGCAGUGGUUCAGUAUCCGUUUUUUUUUGCAAAGCGUUUAAUCAAGGAAUCAGAGGCAGAAUUGUAUGCUUGUUGUGUUAUAUAGAAAAAAGAGGAAAGGGAACUUGAAAUGUUGGUUACAUCUCAGAUAAUAUGCCCUUUGUGAAUUAUGUUCUGAUUCAUGUAUCUUUCUUUUGGAAUACAAGUAAUCAGUCCUCCCCUCCCCCUUUUAAAUCCUACUCAAAGUACUGUCACUUUCUGAAAACUAAUAAAUAAAGGAGUGUUGCAGUCCCCCUUUUAAAUUGAUAAA